AUGCUUGGCUUCUGCUUGAUACCAAGACCGACUUCAACCACAUACACUUUCUUCAAGCUUUUUUAAAGAGAAAUGGAUAGAUACCUUACUAAGCAAACAAAUUCAUUCAACAUUGAUCAUAAUCAUGAAUAUGAAGAAUUCAGAAAAGCUGGGGAGCCAUCCACUUUUGUAGAUAGAGUUUAUAAAAAAUCAGAGUAACCAAGAAUUCCAUUUAAGUCUCAUAGAAUAUGGGUCACAGAUUUAAAUAAUCCUCGAGAAAUGCUCACAAUAUUUAAGGAUGUAUUUCUUGUAAACCAGCUAUCAAAGACUAAUUAAGUUUUAGAUUCAUCUGCCUCUAAAGUUGGCUAAAAGUGGGAUCACUAUAUUUGGACAUAAGAUAAAACACUUAUUCCAGAAACUGUAAAAUUUUUCAAAAGGAUCGGAGUGGAAGUUAGAGAACUUAAAGAAUUGCCUAAUUAUAAAGGUCAAAUUAGGGAGACGAUAGAUAAUUACAUGAUUGACGGAAUUGGAGUCGGAGUUGCUUGUGAUAUUCUCAGAAUGUUGAUAAAUUACGAUGAAGGUGGACUCUAUCUUGAUAUGGAUUUUUACAUCGAGGAAUGGGAUGCCAAUCUCAACUAUUAUUUUGACUUUUUCGGCUUUAGAGAUAGAGAGUUUGACGUGUAAUAUUUUACCACUUGGGGAUUCGGCUCUAAGCCAGGACAUAUAAUUCACAAAACUUAUCUCGAAAUAUUUAAUGACUUUACAUAGAUGGAUGCCGCUAAGAGACCUUAUUUUAUCAAUGAAUGCAUGUAUAAGGCAGUCGGAGCAGUCCUGUUCAAGACAGGACCAUUCUACUAUGGGAAAAUAUUCUCAAAGUUUAAUAAUUUAGAAGGAAAUCAGGAUGUGUUAAUUGAAAAUCCAACUUAUACGAAUAUUUAUGAUACUGAGUUCAAAUUUGAAGAUAAAGGUGAAAUUAAGAAUGUGACUAUUAGAUUAAUUGGAAGACAAUUUGGACAAGGCUCUUGGACUAGAGACUAUUAGGAUUUAUAGAUAUUUGGUUGGCCAGAAUUAUCAAUUGCAAAGAAUUUAUGA